AUGUCGAGCUUUCAAAAAGCAGUUCCUCGGUCUAGUUUAAGUGGUACAAAAUUAAAAAAUAACAUUCCCUAUGUUUCUUCCGGGAUACCAUCAUUGGACUUUAUAGUGGGAGGUGGCCUACCUGUCGGUUCUAUUUUCGCUGUGGAGGAAGAUGUCUUAGGCAGUUACAGCAGAGUUCUCUCAAAAUAUUUCCUGGCGGAAGGUGUUGUGUGUAAACAUAGCUUAUUUGUUGCUUCCGCUGAUGAAAAUCCCAAGUUAAUUAUCCAAGAGCUCCCCACACCCUGUUCAAUACAGGAAGAUAAAACAAACCAAGAUGUUAACAGUGAAAUGAAAAUCGCCUGGAGGUAUGAAGGUUUGGGUCAAGUGGAAUCAUCUUUUGGUAGCAACACAAACUUCGGCCAUCACUUUGAUCUAAGUCGGCACAUGGAUGAAAUGAGUCUCAGAGAUGUUGAUGUAACUUAUUGUCACUUGAAACCCAGCCAUGGAAAGAGUAAAGGUUUUAGAAACCAUCUCUAUCAUGAUCUCUUGACGGAAAUCAGAAAAGUUUUAUCCAAGGAAGAAUAUCAGAGCGGUAGUAAAAACAAAAAUAUACUUCGGAUCAGCAUACAGUCCCUAGGUUCUCCUGUAUGGUUGGCAUCUGACUGUGACAAUGAAAAUAAGUACGGACAGGAUCUUAUAAAGUUCCUUUAUAUGUUGAGAGUUCUGAUCAGAAACACUACAGCAGUUGUUUUCAUCACAAUUCCCGAACAUCUGUUUGAAGAUAAUCAAAUAAUGAAAAGGCUUCUAUACUCCAUCGACAAUUCUGUUCGUAUCGAGUCCAUCGCUGGGUCGAGUAAGGAGACCAAUCCGGUGUACAAUGAGUACCACGGGCUGUUCCAUAUCACCAAGUUGUCUGGAGUCAGCUCAAUAGUGGCUUUCGUCCCUCCCAGCCUGGACCUGGCCUUCAAGCUGAAGAGGAAGAAGUUUGUGAUCGAAAAGUUGCAUCUACCCCCAGAACUCCAAGAUUCGAGCGAACGGGAGCAAGACGACAUCACCGCUACACCCAACACAUGCGGCGGAUUCAAGAAGAAAGAUAUAGACUUUUAA